UGAGAUGGAUUUCCGAUAAUUAGCUGUCACAUGCUUAGCAAAUUGUUUUUUGUAUAUUACGGUUUAUCUCUUCCUCGUUAUGUUGAUUGAUAAUGGAAUAUUAGAGGUUUUUCUAUAAGAGAAAAAGGCAAAAUUGACAUAAUUCGCGAAUUUGAAGAUCUUUAAAUUGCUUUAUCAUUUUCCGAAAGCAGAGUUACUGGAGGAUCCUAGGGAAGAAGUCAUUCAGGCAUGGUACAUGGAUACUAGUGAUGAGGACCAGAGACUGCCCCAUCACAAGGAUCCUAAGGAAUUUGUGUCCUUGGACCAACUUUCUGAGCUUGGAGUACUUAGUUGGAGACUAAAUGCAGACAACUAUGAAACAGAUGAGGAGUUGAAGAAGAUCCGUGAAGAACGUGGAUACUCCUACAUGGACUUUUGUGAAGUAUGCCCAGAGAAGCUUCCAAAUUACGAAGAAAAGAUAAAGAACUUUUUUGAAGAACAUCUUCACACUGAUGAGGAGAUACGCUACUGCGUAGCUGGAAGUGGUUAUUUUGAUGUCAGGGAUCAUAAUGAUCGCUGGAUUCGUGUCUGGGUGAAGAAAGGGGGAAUGAUUGUCUUACCUGCUGGAAUUUAUCACCGAUUUACAUUGGAUACAGACAAUUACAUCAAGGCAAUGCGACUUUUUGUGGGUGAUCCAAUUUGGACUCCAUUCAACCGUCCCCACGAUCAUCUACCAGCAAGGAAGGAGUAUAUCAAAGCUUUUGUGCAGAAGGAAGUUGAUCAUCAGGCUGUUGAUGCCACCGCAUGACAUCUGCUGCUUCUUCAAAGCUAAAAAUGAAGAGCUCUCGUAGCUUUAAUAAUAGUACCUAUGUUAGUGUGACUACCCUCGGCCAUUGCCACAAUGACUUGCUAUACUUAAGUGUCGUUUGGCUUGCCUACCUACCAUUGCAAAACUUGCUUUGGAUAUUUGUACUUGGACAUGUAUACUUCUAGAGAUGGAAAUAUACGUACAUUUAGUAAUGAGAUAUAUGAUUUUGGUGGCA